AUGUCGUCGCCCUCGUCGCCCAUCAAGAACCCGUCCUCGACGCUCAACCCGUCGCGAAGAACGGAGCCGGAAAGGGCGCAUGUCGGCCCAAAGGCAACUGGGGGCAUGGCUUCUGCUAGGACUACUGCCGCGAACGCCAGCAUGGGCGUAGACAAGCCCAAGGUCUUUGACUCGGAAGGUGCCAUUGGCAAACAAUUCACCGAGGAAGGAGCAAUUGGCGGGUUGGGCCAGAAGAUUGGCGGCCCGAUGGACAAGGAAGGCGCGAUUGGCAAGCAGUUCACCGACCAGGGAAGCAUCGGAGGCACGGUGCAAAACAUGAUGGGCGGCACCAAGCACACGACGGGUUAG